AUGCAAGGGCAAAGAAUCCUCAAAUCACUUCUAAACAGAGAGAUAGAUGGUCUUUAUGAGGAUACGAAGGUAAGUUGAUCAAACUUAGCUGUUUGCUAAAUUUAAGCUGCUGAGAAAUUAUGGUAGCUUAAUUGAGGACGCUUUGUAGCUCAGUUAGCGAAGGUACUUACGAUUUGUAAGGCUACUCACUUUCAAAAACGUUUCCUUGAAUAAAAAUUUAGUUCAUUUCAAAGCGAGCGUCUUGUUACACUCUAGCUUCAAUUGCAAGAAUCGCGCGCAUCUACAUUCAUGAGCAGGUCAUAGAAUGAGUGUCACUUGAAAGCGAUCCUCAACUUAAUAAAUUACACUUAUUUUAGACGUCUUUUUUGCCGAAGCCUCUCAUUUUUCUUAACUCCAUAUUUUAAAUGGGGUAGCCUUCACCCUUGAUAUGUUGUUUUUAAUAUUGUUUGGUGGAACUUGCAGAAUUAUCUUGCUCCACUGCAAUGUCCGCUAAAGAACAAAAAUGGCUGCCAAGCAGGAGGCAAAGCCACAGAGGAAACUGUAUCAAAGUACGCCGUUUUUUGUACGAAGUUCCUAAGGUGUGCUAUAGAGACCUUGAAAAAUGUAAAAGCCAAGGGAAAUGACCUUAUUGAGGUCACAGAUGCCUUGAAACUAGGUAAGAUGAAGCAUGUGAACAUCUUUAGUUGCUGUUUGGGAGUAAGGUCUUUUCUGAGUUCCUAAAAUAAGCUUAAUGCUUACUCUUAAAAUGGGACCAGCUUCAAAACCUUACUAAUGAAAUUCUACUUAUUUUUAGUGCUACAUUGUCAAUGUGGUAGUUCCAGCUCAAAUGACUAUCCUGUAAGACACCUAGAUAUUUUACAUGAUCCUUACACUCAAGGGAAGUAAGAAUGUGAUUACUAUUAUCAACAAUAAUUGGAAUAUUGACCGAAUGGUCCAUCUUACGUUGGUGAGGACAAAAGAUAACAAAGUUUGAUUUUUUAGCAUUUAAUGUUAGCUUAUUUGCAUUGAGCCAGUCCGAGACUCUGACCAGUUCGUUAUUGACCAUUUUUUCAAGAGAUUUAAGAUUUUUGUCGGCAUACAACAAAUUUGUGUCAUCUGCAAAAAGGUAAAAGGAAAAUUUCACUGAGGAGUAAAACGUUACAACCUACUUAUGGUCUGGGACUCCCAGGUAGAUACAACACAUUUCACAGUGGAAGGAAAUAGCAUUUUCAACAUGGUGUAAGCAGGGCACAGCAAAGUGCUAUCUGAUAAUCCAGAGCCAGUAAGGCUUAAAUAUGGGUCAAAUAUAAGUUGUCCGAUAAGCAAACCACAUUUGCUUUAAGUGUGAGAUUAAUAAAGGGCUAUAAAGUUACAUGUAACUUGCAAAUUGUUCUGUUCAUAUUUCAGUGGGGACAGUUCUCAACAACACUUUAUCACUCCAUCAUGGAAACUACCUGAAGUUUAUUCCUUCAGUAGACCAGCUUGCUAAAACACUUUACCUUAUUGUUGCUCAGCUCAUUGCCAAGGCACAGUUUGAAAGGGCUCUGGAUCAUGCUAAUGACCUAUAUAAAUUCAUCCAGCUUCUUAAGGCAUGGAAGAGCUACAACAGUGAAAAGAUGGACAAGGAAAUUGGAUCACUUUGUUUACGUUCAUCUGAUUUGUAA